CAUACUGAUUACUGCCAAACAAACACCAUACAAAAUCAUUAAACCCAAGGAAUACUAAUUUGUUUUUUUUUGAAUUUCCUACACAAUGGCUACAUUUCGUUUUCCCUGGCUUGCUGUAAUCCUUCCCCUAAUUUUCCGGCCAAUUACCUCCCAAACAGACUCAAUAACCGCCGACGAAUUCAUCAGAGACGGCGGCGAAACCCUGGUUUCCGCCUCCGGCAAAUUCGCCCUCGGCUUCUUCAGCGCUGGCAACUCCACCAACCGCUACGUCGGCAUCUGGUUCAACAACAUCACCGAAACCACAAUCGUCUGGGUCGCCAACCGGCAGGCUCCGCUCACCGACAAAUCCGGCGUCUUCAAGCUCAUCCCCCCCGGCAUCCUCCUACUCCAGACCAGCGCCAAUGCCACCGUCUGGUCCUCCAACACCACCACCGCCGCCGCUGCCUCCCCCACCGCGCAGCUCCUCGACUCCGGAAACCUAGUCAUUUCCGCCGGAGGCGAGGAUCGCGAUUUCAUCUGGCAGAGCUUCGAUUACCCUACCGAUACGUAUCUCCCCGGCAUGAACCUCGGCUGGAACCUCCUCUCCAAAAAGGAAUUCUACCUGACGUCAUGGAAGAGCUUGGAUGAUCCUGCCAUUGGCGAAUUCAGCUACCACCUCGACCCCACGGGCUACCCGCAGAUAAUCCUCAGGAGAGGCUCCGCCGUUUUAACCAGGAUCGGACCGUGGAACGGGUUCAGCUUCCCCGGGCCGCCCAACCCGAAGGAGGACCCGACUUACAAGCUCACAUUCGUGAUGGAUGAGGAGAAAGUGAUUUACAGAUCUGAUCCAGUCGACACGUCCUUCAUCUCGCGCUACGCGCUGAAUCAAACCGGCGUUGCGCGGAGAUGGACUUGGGUGGAUCGGACUCGCGGAUGGGUGAUCUACUUCAGCUUGCCAUCGGAUAUCUGCGACACUUACGGACUCUGCGGCGCGUAUGGCAGCUGCGACGUGGCAGGCUCGCCGUCGUGCAGGUGCCUGGACGAGGAGCGGUUUGUGCCGAGGCACAGUGAGGGGUGGGUGAGGGCGGAUUGGUCGGACGGCUGCGUGAGGAGGACGAACUUGAGCUGCGAUGGGAGUGAUGUGUUUGUGAGGUAUUCGGGGAUCAAGCUGCCUGAUGCUCGGGAUUCGUGGCAUGAUUCGUCGUUAACGCUUGAUGAUUGCAGAGCAGAGUGCUUGAGGAACUGCUCCUGUAUGGCGUACGCGCAGCUGGAUAUAAAACUGAAGAUUGGAUGCUUGAUUUGGUAUCAUGACUUGAUUGAUAUUAGGACUCUGUCUCAAGAUGGACAGGUUUUUUAUGUGAGGAUGGCUGCUUCUGAGGCUGAGGCUGUGGCUGAUUCUGGCGACGGAAAGAAACGGGAGAUAUUGAUAGCCAGUUUGGUUUCUGUGUUGGGAGUUGUUGCUUUAGUCCUGGCUUUGAGUCUGUGUGUAUGGCGGAGGAAGAUGAAGAAUUACAAAACUCCCAUGGGAGAAGGAAUAUAUGAGAAUCAGUCGGAUUUGCCAUUUUGGGAGUUAUCAGUAAUUCUCGAAGCCACCAAUCAUUUUUCAACUACCAAUUUGCUUGGGGAAGGGGGAUUUGGCCUUGUUUAUAAGGGCAAGCUGGAAGGAGGGCAAGAAAUCGCAGUGAAACGGUUAUCAAAGGAGUCGAGGCAAGGGCUGGACGAACUCAAGAAUGAAGUCAUCUUCAUCUCUAAACUUCAGCAUCGGAAUCUUGUAAAGCUUCUCGGAUGCUGCAUCCAAGGAGAUGAAAGCAUACUCAUAUAUCAAUAUCUGCCUAACAAAAGCUUAGACCUAAUCUUAUUUGAUGAAACAAAGAGUAGAUCUCUUGACUGGCAAAAGCGCUUCGACAUCAUCAAUGGGAUUGCAAGAGGGCUCUUGUAUCUCCAUCAAGAUUCUCCCUUGAGAAUAAUACACCGCGACCUCAAAGCCAGCAACAUCUUGCUGGAUGCUGAGAUGAAUCCCAAGAUAUCAGACUUCGGACUGGCAAGGGGUUUUGGAGGGAAUGAGACUGAAGCUCAGACGCAUCGUGUUGUUGGAACAUAUGGAUACAUGUCACCCGAGUAUGCGAUGGAUGGCAUGUUUUCAAUAAAAUCAGACGUGUUCAGCUUCGGCGUGUUAGCGCUAGAAAUUGUGAGUGGGAAGAAAAACAGAGGAUUUUCCCACACAGACCACAGCCUCAACCUUCUUGGUCAUGCAUGGACACUGUACCAUGAAGGGAGGUUGGCGGAGCUGGUGGACACGUGUCUAAAUGGAGAAUUUGAGUAUGCGGAGGUGGAAAAAUCGAUAAAAGUAGGUCUGCUAUGUGUGCAGCAGAAUCCAGAAGAUCGGCCAAAGAUGUCGAGUGUGGUGUGGAUGUUGGGGAAGGAAGGUGAGAUUCCAGAAGCAAGGCACCCUGGUUUCUUCACAGAAAGAAAACUAGUUAGUGGUGAAGCUGAAGCUGAAGCCUCAACCAAUGAUAUCACUAUUACCAUGCCACACCCCAGAUAGACACCACAAAUGAUGGAGCUGGUCUAAUCUUGCUUCUCAUUGUCACUAUAUUUCAUUCUUCGAUCCAAUCUCAUUUGGUAUCACCCAAAGAAAUGAUGCAGCUGCUUCAAAGCACCCACCAUACCAAAUCUGUUUCGAUGAUGAUUAGCUGAUAAUCUUAGCACAUGCUUGGUAGGGUAGAUAACUCAUCUAGGGAUGAAAUUCUAUCCCUAAAUGAGUUAUCUACCAAAGUAAAAAAGAAAAAAUCAAAUAACUGUUGUCAUACUAUGUACCUCAUUAUUUUUAUUUGGUACUCCCUCCGUCGCAUAAAGUUUGUCCCAUUUAA